UUAUCACCAUUUUGGGUUGGAGUGCUGAUGGGAGCACACUUUUCAGUGGAUACACAGAUGGUCUUAUUAGAGUGUGGGGUAUUGGUCGUUACUAGGAUAAACAUAUAUCAUCAGUUGACCUGACUUUCAUUUAGAUGAAAUCUGAAACGUCAGGAAGAAGCGCGUCCGAUUCUCUGUGUUCAUGGCUGGUACCAUGGCUGACCAUAUUUUUAAGGCCAUGUGUAAUCGCAUCCAUGACGAUCUUGAAGAUAUGCAACGGCACAUUGAAAUUAUACGCCAAUUGUUACCUAAAUUCUUCCCUCAAAAUCUAAUUGACCAAACAACUUGCGAUGAGAGCUUCUCGGAAGAAGUUGUUGUCCAAGCUUGUGAUGAACUUUCACACCGAGGUAAAGACGAACAUACUCAUGAACGUCAAGGUAUGGAUUCGAGGUCGAAUCCUUUUCAAGAAGGGGAGGAUGAUACAAGCCAAAUGGCCAUCUAUGCUCUUGAAGACAUCAUUGGAUGCCAAUGCAUAAAGACUCGAGACUUGGUCACCUCGAGACUACAAGUGUUGAAGAAUGACCCCACGGUUGUGGUGCAUUGAAGAAGAACCCUUCAUUAAGGGUGUUUUGGGGAUCACACUUUGUUAGAAAGACACUUAAUGGCCACCCCUUUUAUUAAGGGUAUUGUGGUCAUUUUUGUUAUGUAAUAAGCUAGCUCUAUAUAGUCUUCUAUUAAGUCAUUUGCUCUUUAGUUUUUGAAGGAUAAAAUAUGUGAAAGACUUCUUCUCUCUUUGAGAGUGUAACACCCUUAGUGUAGGGCUUGGAUAAGCCAUUAGGUUAGGGCUUGGAAAAGCCAAUAUUGUUCUUUGCUUGGAAACAGUGGAUCUUGAGGUAAGUUGAUUUCCUUGGCGGUCACCGUAAGAACUUGGUAACUUGUUUUGUAGAGGUUUUAGAGUUUUGAUACACUCUUUAGUUGCUACCUAAUGGGUUCUCUUUGUGUCAAGUUAGCUAUCUUUUACUCUUUUUAAGUUUAUGUUUGCUUCUCGGAUCGUGUUGUCUUGUUGUUGCGGGUAAAGACUUGUGAUUGUGGGUUGUUUACGGAUUGUUUUGGUGUUGUAGAUGCCGUUUGGUAUCAUUUGGUAUCAAAGCAUGGCUUGAUCUUAUUUUCACAAGAUCAAUCUUGGGCUUGUUAGUUGAAAAAAAAAUGUGUUGAAAAACUGAAAAUUCCAGCCAAAGUGCAAUCUGUCCGUGUUGUGUUCUUGGCCGAGAAUUGCGUUCUUGUAUUGUCUUGGCCGAGAUUUUUGUUUAUCUUGAGUGUUUCUAGUGUUAUCUUUGUUCUUCACUAACACUUGAGUCCAUAGCUAAGUUUGAGAUUUGUUGUUGUUGUCGUGAAUAAGUAAGAUCAUUUGGUAGACAUUGUUUUUGAGAAACUUGAAUUGGCCGUGUGUGUAAUUGUUGUUGUUGAAAGGAGUGUUGUUGUUGUUGUUAUUGGUGAAUGUUGUUGUUGUUCUUGAAGUUCUUCACAACCUCCAUCUCUUGUUAAAAUCGAAACACAACACUAAAGAGACUUGGCCGUUUGUUGUUGUGGAUUGGAGUUGGCCGUUGAAAUUGUUGUUGUUCUUGAAGAUUGUUGUUAUUGUUCUUGGUGUGGUUGUUGUUUUUCUUGAAGUUCUUCACC